AUGUCCCUUCGAGAGGAUCUCCCAAGCAUCUCCCACGAAGACCUGGAAGAGCAAGAGAGGGACUUAGAAGGUGACUUUGACUCCUGCUGCUGUCUGAUAGAAGAUGAUGACCCUACCGGAGGUAUAGCAGCUUAUGAUCGACAACCAUUCUCUAUGAUAGCGUCUAUAACCUCCGGCUCAGCUGACUUUUGUGAGGAUGUUUGUCGUGCCGUUGAUUGCGUCCUUGCAAUCCGUGAUGAUCUCGGGCAGAACCCCCCAGCGCCUCACCCAACGGCAGAGCCAUUGAUCGAAGCAAUUGCCCGUGAUUCAUGGGAUGUCGACUCCGUGCUAGACCGAGUCCAUAUACUGCGAUUGGUUCUCUCUGUCCUGCGGUCUAAUGCUCAAGCUCCUAAUGCCACUGUCCUGGAGUGUGAAUGGAACCAAGCUUGGAAUCAAGAGGAUGUCUUAUGCGCUGCUCACUCAGCACAGUUCAACUUGGUUAACGGUAAAUCUCUACACGAUAUCAAGACCAACAAAGGAUGCUCCUGGGAUGUUAUCGACCCAACUGCCCUCUCCAAAGUCUUAGCCUACCGAUGUGGACUGCCGACCGGAGAG